GAAAUCUACGCUUUCGGUACCGGUACUGCUUCCACGCCGUACCUGUAUUCGGAUUUUCGCUCGCAAGCUGUGUGUUUCGAAUCUAUCGCCAAAGGGACGACGACAUUAAAGACUUAACUACUUUUGUGCGCGCGUGUGUGUGUGUGUGGCGUACCGCUUUAUUGUGAUUUUCGCAAGCUUGCACGUGAACGCGCAGUAAACUGCUUUUACGACUGGCCGCCAAUGUUUGCAGUCUAGAGUACCGUUCGAUUUUGAUAAAUUUUAAUGUGUUCAGUGACGACUACCUUCCCAGUUUGUCGGGUGAGUUAGUUGAGUCUGUUGUUGGCCACAGAGCGGAUACUCGAAGCGAUGCGCCAUGGCUAAAGCUGCCCCUCAAGCUGUGGGACAACCGAUACGAUACGACCCGGAUUUCAAUGGCCCGUUGAAAAACAGAUCGUGUACGGACAUAAUUUGUCUGCUCUUGUUCUUGGUAUUCAUCGCGUGCUGGGCGGGCAUCGGCUGGUAUGCGAUAGUUAAUGGCGACCCGUCGACGCUGCUCGUUCCACGUGAUUCUUCCGGACGCAGAUGCGGCAUGGACUCCGAUGUCAAAGAUCGGCCAUACUUGUUUUUCUUCGACUUGACCAAAUGUUUUGCCCCCACAACCCCCAUUACUGGCUGCAGGACCGAACAGGUAUGUGUGAAAUCGUGUCCAGACGAGAAUUUCCUAAAAGACGUCCACGACACCGAAAAAGCUGUAUUGUUCUGCAAAUAUGGAACAUCCGUUUACAAUGAGGACGACUGUCCCACCUGGUACCUGGUUAGCGAGUCAGUUUUAAGCCGCUGCUUGUACAACGUGGCCGCAAGGAAUCGAUCUUUCGAGAAAUCGAUCGUAGUCGAUGGUGAUCAGCUCGCAGUUUUGCGUGGACGAAUGAAUCUCGUCCACGUGUGGCUCGGCAUGGCGACCCACAAUGUCCUGUCCGUCUUUUCCGACGACGUAAACAUCCACAAGGUCGCUGAGCAAGUCAUUGCAGACGUCGUAGAGUCUUGGUGGAAAAUACUGAUAGGGGUUGUCAUUGCUCUCGUGGUAUGCCUAAUCUACAUUAUGAUGCUGAGAUGGAUCGCCGCCCCGAUGGUGUGGAUAUCGAUCGUCGGUGUUCUUGUCGCGCUGUCAGCUGCUAUCUACUUCACCAAUAAGGAAUACGUAAAGUGGAAGCAACGUUUUAUCGAUGAAGAAGAAUCUUCGUACAAGACCAAGCGAGAUAUAUGGUUGGCGACUCUGAUCUUGGUGUGCAUUGCUCUCUCCGUAGUGGUGUUGAUGUUGCUAUUUUUGAGGAAGCGUAUACUAUUGGCGAUCGCCCUAAUUAAAGAGGGUAGCAGGGCGGUUAGUUCGGUAACUUCAUCUCUGUUUUUCCCAAUAUUUCCUUGGAUACUUGAAGUGGGUGUUAUCGCUUACGCUAUUUGCGUUGGACUGUAUCUUGCCACCACGGGACAGCCGGUAUACCAAAUUCGAUUUGCUUCGAAGGAAUGUGCCAAUGCGGGAUAUCCGAACAAAACUGUUUGCAAUCCUGACAACUUCACGAUCCCUGAACGCGUCCCAGCCUGCUCAGAAACUUCUUGCCGCUUUAUAAGAAUGGAAAACGAAUCGUUUUACGGAUACUUGCAAGCGAUAAACGUAUUUGGAUUCUUCUGGUUGAUAUGCUUCAUCUCGGCUAUGGGCCAGAUGAUGCUGGCCCAGGUAUUCGCUCAGUGGUACUGGACCUUCCAAAAAAGAAAUUUGCCGUUCUUCGCUCUCACGAGCGCAGUUUAUAGGACUCUGCGAUACCAUAUUGGUACGCUCGCGUUCGGCUCCCUGAUCAUUGCAAUAUGCAAAAUAAUACGGGCAUGUUUAGAAUACAUCGAUCACAAACUGAAGAAAUAUGACAACGAAAUUACAAAGGUGAUCAUGUGCUGUCUCAAGUGCUUCUUCUGGUGCCUGGAGAAUUUCCUCAAGUUCCUCAACAAGAACGCGUACAUAAUGUGCGCCAUUCACGGCAAGGGCUUCUGCGCAAGCGCAAGAGACGCGUUUAUGUUGCUGAUGCGCAACAUCGUCAGGGUAUUCGUCCUGGAUAAGGUCACGGACUUCUUGUUCUUCCUCAGCAAAGUGCUGGUAACGGUGGGGGUGGGAGCAGUGGCGUACCUGUGUUUCGCAACCGAUCUGGUGUCUUUUAUCGACAACUCCUCGCUCAACUACGGCGUCGUGCCCGUCAUCAUCAUCAUGAUCGCGACUUAUUUGAUUGCUUCAUUGUUCUUUAGCGUCUACAGUAUGGCCGUCGAUACCCUGUUCUUAUGUUUCCUGGAAGAUUGUGAAAGGAAUGACGGAAGCCCGGACAAGCCUUACUACAUGUCGAAGAACCUCAUGAAAAUAUUCGGAAAAAGGAAUAAGAUUAAGUACAACUAGGCUUACCUUAAAUUUAUAAUAAACACUAGUCAGAUUAUCAAUUUCUCGCAAACGUCUAUUUUUGAAGAGUUUCGCAUGUCGAUUUUUAAAAUAUUUUAGGUAGUAUAGUGCUAGUAUUUAGUUUACAAUCCCAUCGAUUUGAAAAUAGUCCCGAAGGCUGUGAUUUUGUAUGCAGUAUUAUGCACACGAUAUUCCAAAGCAUUUUCUUACCUUAGCUAUUUUAAAUAUUUCAAUAUGCUGCCAUAAGAAAAAAACAUAAUAUACACACACACACCCCAAAUCCUUAUAUGGUUAUUUCUUUUUAACUUUGUGCACGUUAGGCCCUACAAUCAAUUUGAAGAGUGUCAUUUUAUAUUUUAGAUGUUUAAGUGUAAAUAAAUGCCUAAAGUUUGAUUGCAUA